AGAGGGAUAACAUCUCUACAUUUCCUUAAAUAUGGUAAAGCUAACUAUAAUUGGAAGGUUGAGAGAUAGGCUGCCCCUUGCGCAGGUUCCCAGGUACCAGAAUGAAGAAAAUGAAAGUUUUUCAUAUUACAAACAUCAAGGAGAAUUCAUUCUCAAAGAAAUCUCUAGAGGAGCCCUAUCACUUUCUAGGAUGACCAUUCGCCUUGAUCAUCAUUCCUUCGAGUAUCUUUUUCAUCUUAAUUUCCUCCUCCUUUAUUUCUUUCCUUUUCUUUUCUUUUUUGUUUAAUUUCUUGUGUGUUUAAUCCAAAAUGAGUGUUAAUUUGUUAGUUUGUAUCUUUUUGACAUUAAUUAUAUAAGCUACUUGGUUGAGAAUGGAAUCUGCUACAUAACAUUGUGCGAUUCUUCCUAUCCAAGAAAACUAGCUUUCCAUUAUUUGCAGGAUCUGCAAAAGGAGUUUGACAAGUUUGAUAUUAGUCUCCUAGACAAAAUUACAAGACCUUACAGCUUUGUUAAGUUUGAUAGUGUCAUUGGCAAUAUUAGAAAGCAAUAUAUGGACACAAGAACACAAACCAAUCUAUCAAAACUGAAUGCUUGUCGUCAACAAGAUCUUGAUAUAAUCACUGAAAACAUGUCUCAGAUUAUAGAAAGAAGAAGAAAUUCCGAAAUAUUUGAGAGAGUUGCAACUAACUCUCAGCCUCUUUCCCCUUCAAUAUGGUGCUCCCCUCGUCUUGAGGCGAUUGCUUUGAUAUGGACACCUAUUACAGUCAUAGCUGCUGUUGCUGCUGUUCUUUUAUGGACCAGCUAUUUCCUCACAGAUGACUUCUUCAUUUCAGCUCAAUAAAAAUUGAGGUACAAAGGAAACAUGAUUAAAAAAAUGGCUUGAUACUUGGAUUGUGAGAGUUGGAGCUUGUAAUAAUUGUAUUCAAACAAU